UUGAGAAUCUCACAACACCACAUUUUCAGAUUUCCCCGAAUAACGUGCAAGGCGGAUUAUGGUGCAAAUGCGCACGUCUGAGUCAUAUUCUCCAUUGUGCUCGGCCCCUGCACUGCGUGACUCUCCAUGCGAGGUGAACGGCGCUAUUGUGAGGAUUUCCGCGACUGUAGUUUCUACUAUCUCAACUGUGUCAAUCUGAACCUAAAGAAUAACCAUGAGCAGCCCGCCGAGCCCCUCUCCAUCCCGAUGGUUCAAGGCGCUGCGCAGUGUUCCAGGACCAGGCUGGGGGAGCCGUGUUUGAAGACGUACCCUCUGGAGUGUGUGGAUCUGCUGAGAAGGGCCAGAGUUGCCUUUCAAGCUGGACGCACCCUCAAGGAGAACUUCAGACAAGCUCAGCUGGAGGCUGUGGUGCGGAUGCUGGAGGAACAUGAGUGUGACUUUGUGGAUGCUCUUGGACGGGACCUUCAUAAGCCACGGUUUGAGACAGUUGUGUCAGAGUUGAUGCUUGUCAAGAAUGAGGCACUUCAUGCCAUCAACAACCUGAAGAAGUGGAUGCAGCCGCAACACGUGGAAAGAAACCUGUCCACCACGUUGGACGAGUGUGUGGUGGUCAGUGAGCCGCUGGGGGUGGUGUUUAUCAUGGGGACCUGGUGUAGUCCUGUCCAAAUGUGUCUGGUGCCACUGGUAGGGGCUAUCGCAGCAGGAAACUGCGCUAUCAUCAGUCCCUCUGAGUUCACCCCUCACACAUCAGAGCUUCUCCAUCGUCUCAUCCCUUUUUACUUGGACAAUGAAUGCUUCCAUGUGAUUCUUGCAGGCACAAAUGACUUGCCUGAAGUUGUGGAGCUCAAAUUUGAUCAUGUCUUCUUUACAGGAAACAGAGAUGACGGAAGCAGGAUUGCUCAGGCUGCAGCUCGCACUCUCACACCUGUCACCCUGAUUUUGGGAGGCAAAAAUCCGUGCUAUGUGGACCAACACUGUGACAUUUCCACCACCGCGCAGCGUGUUGCUUGGGCUCGUUUCCACAAUGCCGGACAGAGCUUGGUGGCUCCAGACUACAUCCUGUGCCACGCGGAUAUCAAAGCACGGCUGGUGCAGGCCCUGAAGUGCCACCUGAUGCAAUUCUACGGUUCUGAUCCCCGGGAAUCCCGCAGCUUCGGCCGCAUGGUCAAUCUGGAGAUCUUUAACCGUACGAGAGACAUGCUGUGGAGAUCUGGCAAGGUGGUUGUGGGUGGACAGGUGAUAGAAGCAGAGAAAUAUAUUGCCCCAACAAUUUUGACAGAGGUGAUGGAAUCAGACCCCAUCAUGCAACAGGAUGUUUUUGGCCCAGUUCUCCCUGUUCUGACUGUAAACAAUGUGGAUGAGGCAAUUGCCUUCAUUAAUAAGCAAGAGAAACCCCUCUGUGUUUAUGCAUAUUCCAACAACAGUAAGGUCGUUUCUAGACUAAUGAGUGAGACCUCUAGUGGAAGUUUUUGCUCCAAUGACAGCGUCCUGCAGAGUGUGAUGGUGGCGUUGCCUUUCGGUGGAGUAGGUGCCAGUGGAACAGGUUCCUACCAUGGCCGCUACAGCUUUGAUACCUUCUCUCACAGGAAAUCAUGCCUGCUAAGAGGCACACGGUUUGAGUGUGUCACCUAUCUGCGUUACCCACCCUACGAGGACCGCAAUCUGUCUCUAAUGACAUGGGCCAGUACCCUGUCCCAGAGGAGCCAGGGCUGGUGCCAGAUCCUGUGACUGUGUGGGAGGGUGGUAACAGAGCCAUGUUGGAAGACAAGCACAUGUAUUGUUAGUGUAUUGAAAAAUAGAUGAGAGCAAAAUCUGUGGCAACAUCUAACAGAGGAUAUUCAAAAGUAGAUUUAUCACAGUGUGGAAUGACAAUUGUGGGACC